AUGUAUCGUACGAUUCUGGCUGGAGAAUACUGCACAACUCCCAGAGGGCUAAAGCGAUUGAAAGAAAAUGAUAAUGGGGUGGAAAGAUGUCUGUUGCAAAAGACAACCGAUGGACGAACACGAUUACCGAAUGGCGACCAUGGAUUUGGAAGCGACAAGUUGGCCUACCAAAAACAAGGUGGAGAGACUCGUUCGUAUUUGAGUUUGGAGAAACAUGGAUGCGAACCACCACUACUGAUGUGA